CAAAACUAAGUAAAUAAGUAAAUUACUAAGAAAAUAAGUCCCAAAAUUAUGGUCGACAGCAAUAACAAAGCAACGGCGGCGCGGAUCGCCACCUUCCUCGCGGUGGCGUGCAUGAUCUCCGCAGCGGCAGCCUCCGACAACUCCGCCCAGAUCGACGCCAUGUGCUCCAACGCCGAGUACAAGGAAACCUGCCAAAAAACCCUCUCCAACGCCAACGUAACCGAGCCCAAGGAGCUUCUUCUGUCGGCGUUCAACUCCACCAUCACAAACCUCAAAACCGCCAUCCGAAAAUCGGCUCUCUACAAACACGCGGUGGUGGAUCCCCGCACCAAGGGGGCCUUAGCCGUCUGCGAGCAAGUCCUCAACACCACCAUCGGCAACAUGCGAAGAUCUUUCAGACAAGUCCACAAAAUCGACGACGUCAAGGUCUGGCUCAGCGCCGGCCUCACCUGCAAGGACACCUGCGUCGACGCCUUCGAGAACACCACCGGGGAAACCGGCGAUAAGAUCAAGGACUUGCUCAAGACCUCCGGCGAGUUGCUCAGCAACGGCCUUGCGAUUGUCGAGUCGCUUGAUCUUGGGAAACUGCUCAGCGGUUCCAAGAGGGUCCGGAUGGAUAACGUCCCUGAUUUCGUCGGCCAUCACGCGAGGGGGCUCCUCGGCGCUGCGCCGGGGGCGUUCACUCCGAGCGCGGUGGUGGCGCAGGACGGAAGCGGAAAAUACAAGACCAUCGCGGAGGCUAUUGCCGCGGCGCCAUUGAAUAGUACUCAGUUGUUCAUUAUCCAAAUCAAGGCCGGUGUUUACAAGGAGAUUCUCAAGGUCCCCGGCGGUGCCAACAACGUCGUAUUCGUCGGAGAAGGGCCCACGGAGACCGUCAUCUCCGGCAGCCAGUCCUUCACAGGGGGCAUUCCUGCCUUCCAGACGGCAACUCUCUGUGGGUGCAGACUGCAGACUAUUGAUGGGGAUGACUUCAUGGCGAAGGACAUCGGGAUCGAGAACACGGCAGGAGCCUCGGGGCGCCAGGCGGUAGCAGUGCGUGUCUCGGGCGACAAAGCCGUGUUCUACAACGUGCACAUGAGCGGCUACCAGAGCACACUCUAUGCGCACAUCUACCGCCAGUUCUACCGCGACUGCCGCGUCACCGGCACCAUGGACAUCAUCUGGGGCGACGCGGUGGCCGUGUUCCAGAACUGCGACAUCGCGGUGAGGCAGCCGCUGGCGGACCAGAUCUGCUCGGUGACGGCGCAGUCCCGCAACGACAGCCGCGGGGCCGGGGUGACCGUGGUCCAGAACUGCACCAUCACAGCGGAGAAGGAGUUCUCGGCAGCGAAGCCGCCGGCGAAGGCGUACCUGGGGAGGCCGAUGAAGGAGUACUCGAGGACGAUCGUGAUGGAGUCGAGCAUCGGCGGCUUCAUAGAGGCGGAGGGGUGGGCGGAGUGGAUGGGGACUUACGGCCUCGACACGCUCUACUACGGCGAGUACAACAACCGUGGGGCAGGGGCGGAUUUGGCGAAGCGGGUGACGUGGAAGGGUAUUCAGAAGAUGACGCCGGAGCUGGCUCAGGGCUUCACACCGGCCAAGGUCUACGCCGGUGAUGACAGCUGGGUCAAGAACACCGCAAUUCCUUAUGUUGGAGGCAUGGUUAAUCCUAAAUAAGUUUUUCAUACAUAUUGAACUUUUCAAUAUGAGAAACUACAAGUAUUCUAAUGUUAAGCUGCAUGGUAUGCUAAGUUUAAUG